UUUUAAAUAAGUCAGUGAGUCAAUGUAAAACUGCCUUAAAACCAAAUUAAAUGGCGGAAGAUUGAUAAAAUAAUUUCCCUGAACGAACGCAUGCUGUUUUUAAAAGUGCACGAAUAAAUUUAAUACUUUUUUUUAGUACAAAAAUAACAAAAUAGCUAAUAAGCAUAAAAAUGUCACGUUCCGUCCGCGCCGAAACUAGGAACAGAGUAAAAGACGACAUCAAAAGAGUCAUGCAAGCUGUUGAAAAAGUUCGCCAUUGGGAGAAAAAAUGGGUUACGAUAGGUGAAACCACAAUGAAAAUUUACAAAUGGGUUCCUAUAUCAACUAAUGAACAGAAGAAGAAACAUGCCGCAAGAAGGGAAAAUAAAGAAAAUGCUCUGACUCCAAAAAAGAUUCAUGACUCUUCGAAUUCUAAUUUUGGGAUGGCGGAAGACUCCAAUACAUGUUUUUCAACAGUCAGUGACUCACAGGGGCCCACCGAGUUCACUUCUACAUCAAUGAACUUCUCAGAAGACUCCAACUCGCAAAGUAGUGGUACAACGACACCCGCUAAACGGUUAAAAACUGAUUGAAGUUUAGUGUAGUAGAUUAAUAAUAUGAAUAAGUGUGUUAUGAAGAAAUUUAUAAAUUAACCUUUGGGUAUGUCGAAAUGUGAAUUACUCAAAUACCAGAAAGUGGAAAUGUUUCUAACUGUAGUUAAAAGCUUGAAAUAUAGACAACAUAAUUUUCACCACGAUAAAGCUACAUAAUACCAACAAUUCUGUUAUGAAAGAUAUGCAUCAAAGGUAAGCAACCUUUUGUAUCAGCAUUUAGCCUAAAUAUGAUUGAUUCUGUCCCUCAACAAAUAAAAAUCUGAGAAACGACACCCUUUUAAAGGACAUACAUUUCCCAAAAUGUAUACACAUUGGAUUUUCCAGAGACAUCUAUAGAUGAGAUGAAUACCUUAGCUCCCCGGUGGUGUCAUGCGGGGUCCAUAAUAUUAGGGAGCAAGGGACAUAGAGCAAGACCAUUCUUGAUAGUUUCUGGUGUUCAACAUUAAUUCAAUCUAUGACAUAAUGAAGCUUAAUAAGAUAUUGUUAAAGCCCAAUAAUCUAUAAGAAGUUGUAUAAUUUAUUUGAGAUUGUCGAAAUUUUGCUACAUAUAUUUUUCUUAAACAGCCUAAGGACGUAAAGACAAGAUAAAGUAAUUCCAUUAUUUUUUCACUCUAUGCAUUAUAUUGUAAAGUAAUUCUAGCAGAGUUAUAAAGUAACAAAAUAAAAGAUUGUUGAAUUUAAAUGUUUUAGGCACGUGUGGUUCUGAACAUUGACAAACUAUGCUAAAAGCAAAACAUUGACAUGGCCUUGAACUGGUGCCAUGUUAUUUUAUUUCAAAUUUAAUUAUAAUUUAUAUUUGUAAUGUGUUCAAAAUUCAAGAGAGCCGAGUCCAUGCUAAAUACAAGAGAUGUUUCUGCUGUGUUUGGUAGUCUGCAUUUGAAUUUGUUUAUGACUUAACAACAAAGCGAAGAUCUUCCACCGGGCGGGUGUUGCUAGGUAGACCGACAGACUGAAUGUUGUUGUUCAGAACUUGUAUACAUGCAAACUUAUCUUGAAAAUGUCAUAAGCAAGAUUCAGGCAUCUGACAAAUCUUUUGUUAUAUGAUGGCUACCCGCCACAUGUUACCGAAGUGAUGAUAGCUUAAACAAUCAAUUAAAAGUUUCAAUACACAUUUAAUAUUUGAACGGAGUAUUUUGUGGAUCUCAUAAAUACUCAUAAUGCAAGAAGUAUGCUGUUUUUGAACUGAACCAACAUCUAUUUGAGAACACAUUGUUAUGUUCCAACAUGUCGUCUUCUCGCAUUAAAACUGUAUAAUAUCAAAAUUUACUAAAUUUACAGGAGAGUGUUUUAAAGGUUUAAAGGUUGUGAUAUGUAUUAAUUUUGUUAAUUGAAUAGUAGUCAAAACAUAAAUAGCUAAAAAAAAAACUAAAACUAAACUACGCUCUUUUGACAGUAUUUAUGAGAAAAAUACCGGUGAUACAAAAUGAUUACGCAUAUUAUCUCGAUUUCGAAUAUUUUAAGAAAUUGUACACUUUUAAUGCGAAAAGAUGAUGUAUGCACAUGUUCCAACUGUUUCUAACAUUACAAUAUAAAGUGUAAUUAAUUUAAUUUAAAGAUUUGGAUCAAAGCUUCUGUUAUUUAUAUUUAAUAUAGUUAGGUGUCCAUUAAAUAAAUAAAUAAAAAUGUAAAUACCCAUAAUUAUCAGUAUCCGUAUCCGGACCUAAAAAAUGAAGUGUCUUCAAAUUAUAUCGAAGUGUAGAUAUGUAAUAAUACCAAUUAAAAAGUUGUACAUACAAUAUGUGACACAAUUAUUAACCCUUUUAGUGCUGAGCUUUUCAAAUAUUAUGCAGAAAUGGCAAAGGGAUUUAAAAAGAAAGUUCCUUAUAAAAAACUUUAACUUAAAAAAAAAAGAAGCUAAAUUCACAGCAAAACAAUUUUAAAUAGUUAUUAAAAGCUUUAAAUGCGUCCGUACAGGUCGAUACUUAAUACAAAUACUCAAACAGCACAAUAGUCGGUAUUCCGACGCUCCGCACUUUAUACGCAUAGAGAGUCGAACUAUCGACGGUUCACGCUCAAAGGGUUAAUAUGUAAUUAACGCCCGGUUCCACAAUGCAUGGCGCAUUCACGCAGCUUCAAAAGACCGGGCACGUCACAUUUCAUUGUGUGUGCCUGCCGGGCCCCGCUAAUGAUCUAAAAAUGAAGGUGUAACUGUAAUGAGACUUUAUUAUUGAUUCUUCCACUAAAAGCUUCCAGUACCGGCUCGGAACGAGUUCAAAACGAAGCUCACCACUGCGGUGGUCAGCCUACGGUUCGUGUGCUGAAUGCGAGUUUUUUAGCUUCCCUCCGUUUGCCGCCAGGGGCGCUGUUUUAACUCCAUACAAAUUGGAGUUAACUUUGACGCGAUCGAGUACGUUAAAAAACUCGCAUUAAGCAGUAGUGUGUACGUGUAGUACGUGACCACUCUCAGUGUGACGGGAGACGAUCGAAGUUGAAACAGCUUGUAUAUAUUUGUAGAAAAAUCUGUACAUAUGUUUAUUUUAAAUUAUAAGUUAGAUUUAAAAGUUUGAGAAGCAGCUCAUUGUAUUCGUAUCACGACAGAUUACUUUCAAGGCAUUUUUUUUAAAACGAAAAACUACGUAACUAUUUAGUACGGUCGCUCAAAGUGAAACUGCUUCUUAGUACGAAAUUUUAAAAAGAAAAUCGUGCUCUCAUCGUAAAGGUUUUAAUAAGAAAUAGCACUACACACUAAAGCAGGGGUGAGCAACCCGUUUAAUCAAUGAGCCAAUUUUAAUUUUAAUUUUUUUUUGACUGGCCGCACAUAAAUUUCCUCUUAUUAAUCUUAUUAAUGUCUCUUAUUCAUCUAAUUUUUUUAUUAAUAAUUUACGAAACUUAUAAUAAAUAUUAGAAUAGAAAAUAAUAAAACUAGAAAAAAGUAAAGAUUACAUAUACAAAUUUUAAUUCAAGAUAAAAGAACAAACAAGAAAAGAACAAGUGAAAAAGUCGAUAAAUUCAAAGAAUUGAAUUCUAGAAAGAAAUUCUAGAGCCAAGCCAAUUAGAGGCACAUGUUGCUCAUCCUUGCACUAGAGGGUAUAAACACCUGACACUGACAUUGACACGACAAAGCUCUUGUACUAAACUCUAGUUAAACUAAGAUCUGGUCGUGGCCUAAAGGUUAAGACGGCCGGUGAAUUCGGAUCGAACGAUGCGACUGUGUCCGUGUUCAAAUCUGGCAGGCGGGUUCCAGUUUUUCUAAGGAAAUACGUAUUGAAAGCACGUAGAGAUCAAACAAGAACAAAAACGUAUAUUUUUCUUAACCACUGGCGGUAAUUUAUAUUGUGGCUAGCGAUAUUCACGUUGUAUUACCAUCACUUAACAUCAUACAGGUCGUGAACUCGAUGCAUUAAGAGAAAAUACAAAAAUUUAGAAUGACUUGACAUUUUGACUUGACAACAAAGACUUGUAAUAUUGACAAUUAUUAUUAUUUAUUUAUUUUAUUUUAUUAUUUUAUUUAUUGGGUACCAACGUGUUAUACAUCAGCACAGAACAUUACAGGUAUCAUAUACAUUGAUUUGACACUAAAUGCUAACACAAUUACAGGUACCGACUGCAUGCAUUGAUAAAAAAAAGCGGUUCGUUGUAUAAUACUAGAGAAAAAAAAACUACAUAUAACAUUACAUGAAAACCUUACAUUAUUACACGUUUACUACCAAAUAGCGUAUUUACUUAAUUGAAAAAGCUCAUUGAACAAUGUUUUUCUUUCACUUACAAAAAUUGAUUUUCAUGUUGAUUCUCCGAAAAGUGAUCUCGAAAAUCUAGUUUCAACGAGACCGAAGCAGUUUCACUUUGCAGUGUGCUUAGUGCGAGUUUUUUAACGUUCUCGAUAGCGUAAAAGUUAGCCAAAUUUUGAAUGCAGUUGGAACAGCGCCCCUAGCGGCGAACGUAGGCAAACGAUCCCAUUCCAUACAAUAAAUAAGCUAACUUUUACGCUAUCGAAAACGUUAAAAAACUCGCACAAAGCACACAGAACCUAUCGGAACACGACAGCAACAAGCCAUGUAACUUAUACAAUUUUUAAUAAAAGACGAUUUUUACAA